AUGACACGAAGCCCUAUACAUAGCUUAUAUACAUAUAUAGUUUUGCAGACUUGCGUAUGGAGAGAGGGAGAAAGCAACAGAACUCUGAAAGAUGGACAAGAUGAUCUCCUCUUUGGAACAGUUCGUCUGGCUCCUUUCAUUUGCGGGGUAAAAGGAAUGCAAAAGAAUUUGGUGAACGCAAAUGGAUUAAGAAAACGUUGGUACGAUAGUCGGCGUACGCAACCGUUCAAUGCGUUUGUCAUAACGACAAUGCAGACGUUUGGCAAUAAGGAAAGAUUAAUCCGGAUGUAUGUUAGGUUGUUAAGAGGAUUAGUUCAUUAA